AUGCCGUCUGCCCAGCCCGACAUCUGGACGCCGUUCACCCUUGGCGGCGGCACGAUUCAGCUCAAACAUCGAGUCGUGAUGGCGCCGCUCACUCGCAACCUCUCGCCGGUCACGUCGCUCACGUCGAGGCCCUGCAGCAUGUGCCAGUACUACUCGGAGCGCGCGACCGACGGCGGCCUGCUCAUUUCCGAGGCGACGCCCGUCUCGAUCGAAGCGUCCGGUAUGCCCGGCGUGCCUGGUACUUUCACCGACGAGCAACUGGAAGGCUGGAAGCCGAUCACGGCGGCCGUGCGGGCCAAGGGCGGCGUCUUCUUCGCGCAGCUGUGGCACCAAGGUCGCAACACGUCGUCCGCCCUCACCGGCGGUCGGAUCGUCUCGUCGUCGACCGUCCCGAUCACGGAUGCCCAGUUCGGUUGGCGCGGCCUCGACCCUCGCCCGUUUGAGGCUCCUCAUGCGCUCACUGUCGAGGAGGCGCAGGCGACGCAGCAGGACUUUGUGCGGGCCGCCGAGCGAGCUCUCGAGGCUGGGUUCGACGGCGUCGAGCUUCAUGCGGCAAACGGGUACCUGUUCGACCAGUUUCAGCACUCGAACAUCAACCAGCGCACCGACAUCUACGGCGGCUCCAUCAAGAACCGCAACCGCUUUACGCUCGAGACGGUCGACCAGGUCGUCGCGGCGGUCGGCGCCGACCGGGUCGGCAUCCGCCUAGCGCCGUUCGGUAUGUUCAACCAGGCUCGAGGCGAGGAUCGGCAGGCGCAGUGGACGAUGCUCUGCGAGGCGCUGGCUGGCAAAGGCCUCGCCUACGUCCACCUCAUCGAACCUCGGUUCGACGAGCUCCAGUCCGAGGCCGAGAAGCUUGCCAACCUCGACGCCAACAACCCGCUCACCGCGCUCGACCUCUCGCUGCGGCCGUACCGCGAGGCGCUCGGCUCAACGCCCGUCAUCGCGGCGGGCAACUACAACGCGGCCAACAUGAACGACGGGAUCGGCGCAGAGCACGACCUCGUCGCGUUCGGGCGCUACUUCUGCAGCAACGAGGACCUCGUCGAGCGGCUCCGCUCGGGCCUCCCUCUCUGGCACUACAACCGCACGCGCUUCUACGGCCCCUUCCCCGACAACGAGAUCGGCUACACCGUCCACCCCGAGCGCAAGACGCACAAGCCGGGCGAGCGCAUCCAGUUCGAGGGCGAGUCGCUCAGCUUCUAG